CAACAUUUAAACAAACUGCAAUUUGCCCACACACGACUGUGGCAGGGAAAGACAGGUGACUAGAAAUAUUUAACUAAAACAAAAGAAAGAAAGAGAAAAUACAUAUUUCUUACCCCACUAAGCUAGCUAAAAUAAAAAUUAAGGCAACUGAAAUAUGCAUCCAGUCUAUGUGAGGCGAAACCCCACCCUCCUCACCUAUGGACUCCGCCAGUGCGUCCUAUUGAACACCAGGCUCCAGGAUUGCUACAUUGACUCACCAGUUUUCUCCAGUGACUGGGCGGCUAGGACAUGUGCCAAUGAGAACAUCCAGACUCCAGCCCCAGGUACCGCCUCCUGCUGGGAAGUUGUGAAGAACCCACUAAUUGCCAGUUCCUUCUCUCUGGUUAAGCUGUUGCUCAGGCGGCAACUGAAAGAUCAACGCUGCCCAGCAUCAUGCAAGUUGGGAGACAUAAAACCACCUGUGAAGACAUUAAAAACCAAAGACAAUUCGGUGGCUAAAGUCACCCAGCAUGUCAGGAUGAGAAACUCCAUCCGUUCCAGAAGCAAGCAGCUGGCAGAAUGGCUGCCAAGUUCACGUGGGUGCAGGAGGCGUGCAGAAGGCAUUGGAGAGAGGGAAGACAGUUCAAAGGAGGAAGAAGCUACAGUCUGCCAAGAUGCCCGGGACAGACACAUGGAGCAUGUGACUGCAACCCAAGCACCAUGUGGGGACAACUGGCCAGCAGCCUGCAAAGGCCGAGCACCGCUUUCAGAAACCCACAGGCGACUGCCAUCAGCGGAGGACACUCUAACCAUCCAUGGCCUCCCUGCCGAGGGCUACCGGGCUCUAUACCAUGCUGUGGUGGAGCCAAUGUUGUGGAAUCCUUCAGGAACCCCCAAGCGGUACAGCUUGGAGCUGGGAAAGACCGUGAAACAGAAGCUCUGGAAAGCUCUGUGCAGCCAGGCCGCUGUCCCCCAAGAUGGGAUGCACAAGGACCAGCUGCUGGAGCGGAAGUGGCUGGCAGUCCAGGAGGAGCCUGUGCCCCAGAAUAGGCCCAAGUGCAAAAAAUAGGUAUUCCCAGGACUAGGAUAUUCACUGGUAACCGUCUGAAAAAUAAACACUGCUUUGUACCUUC